UUCAGUUAUAUAGAGAGUAGUCGGGGGAGAAAGAGAGCGGUCGGUUGGUUGGUCGGUCGGUCGGAUUGUGGAUUAUCUCUGGGUCUCUUCGGGGUUUUAUCGUCGGUUUUAAUCCGAUUUUUUACCGGAUCAUCGGCGGCCGUUUAGCAGGGCCAGGAUGUCCAGUGAGGUGCAGAGACCGGACGACAGCCCCAGCACGAGCGGCGGGAGCUCGGAUAUCGAACAGAGAGAGACGGCUCCGCCGGAGCAGGAGCGCGAGCCGGCCCAGCCCAAGAAGAAAGAAACCAAGAUCUCCAGUAAAACGGCUGCCAAACUCUCCACCAGUGCCAAGAGAAUUCAAAAGGAGCUUGCGGAAAUCACUCUAGAUCCACCGCCAAAUUGCAGUGCUGGCCCCAAAGGAGACAACAUCUAUGAGUGGAGGUCGACCAUCCUGGGACCACCAGGUUCGGUCUAUGAGGGAGGGGUGUUUUUCCUCGACAUCGCCUUUACACCUGACUACCCAUUCAAACCACCCAAGGUAACGUUUCGUACAAGGAUCUACCACUGUAACAUUAACAGUCAGGGAGUGAUCUGUCUGGACAUCCUGAAGGACAACUGGAGUCCUGCCCUUACCAUCUCCAAAGUGCUGCUGUCCAUCUGCUCCCUGCUCACGGACUGCAACCCAGCCGAUCCUCUCGUCGGGAGCAUCGCCACACAAUACUUAACCAACAGAACGGAACACGACAGAAUAGCCAAACAAUGGACGAAGAGAUACGCCACAUAAACCACUGACGCAGCGCCCCUCCCCGAACACACACCCGCCCACUAUCAAUUCUCCCUUUUCUGUCCCCACUGUACCUCUCUACCUCUACCCUUCCCACCCUCCCAUCUUGUCCUCGUCCUUUCAGAGCACACUCACCAAGUGCAACAUUAUGUACCCCCCCACCCCGACCCCCCAGCCUCUCUUAUAACCCUUUCUGUGAAGAGAACUGUCUUUUGUUCCUUGUUGACUUGAAAGCUUCUUUUUUAUACAAAGGGUAGAUUGGGAUUUUAUGUUCCAAUUAUCUGAAUGUUUGAAUUAUCCUAGCAGGAAAAUAUUAUUGUUGUUAUUAUUAUUACUACUAUUAUUAUUGUCGCUCAACUUAAUGUAUGUAUAGCAUUUCUUUUGAAGUGGCAUCAGGAACAAAUAGCAGAUACACUAUACGUUACGAAAAUGUUCGUGGACACCCUGUUUCACCCUAAUUGCUGAUUCACACAUAUACACAGCUUUCUAGUCCCGGUAGAGAAGGUCCAAAACAUACUUCACACAAGAAUUAGAUCACAUUUCCUGAACAGUGCUCUUCAAAUGCAGUGUGAGUUCUCAUGUUACUAUCGCUGAUUAAACUCCCAUAACUAGGGCUAUACGAUUAAAAUGUGCUUUUCUUAUCAGUAUUGUGAUUAAGUUUUCGCAAUAAAUACAAAAGAGCAGUGAAAACGGAUAAAAUAAGGCAAAUUUUAACUGCAAUACCUACAUGCAGCAAGGUAUAGUGCUCACCUGAUGUAACUCGCUAGACUGGAGGAAGAGCGAGGUAGAGGUGGAGUCUGCCUCCAGCUUAGUCGUUUCACAUGUAGAGUACAAUAACGCUGUUGGAUAUUCUGAUAUCGAUGUGGAAAGCAAAUAUCGUACGUUUUUUCUGUGCUUUUUGCUUGGUUGCACACAUUUUUCCCAGUGUAAAGAUCAAGUUAUGCUUCUGCGUCAAAGCUACACUGUAUCCUACAUACAUCCCAUCUUUUGCCCAUGUUGUGCAAGUCAUAAGGACAUGCCAGUUAACUAGAAAAAUGUCUGCAAGAAAACUUGUCUGGCUCUGUAGCACCCCCUUAUGGUAACACACAGAUGUCAGAUAAUGCAGCUCAUACUGGUAUUGGUUAUAAAAUGUGUCAUCACAUUUUUUUUUCACGUUUUAAACGUGCAAACCCCAGUCUGCAUACCUUGAAUCAUCUGCAAUCAUUUCAGACCCAAAGCCCAAGGUUCUGUUGGAUGAUGGUUUUUCUUCAUACAAUACUUUCGGGAACUAAAAGAAGUACGAGUUCCUUGAGUUUUUUUUUUUAGGAAUUCUUCGGUUUAAAACUGUGGAGGAACUUCUUUAGGUGCUUAGAGGAAUCCGAUUUUAGCGGUUUUUCAUUCGUCAGCACUCAAAAAGUAUUUUCCUAAAGGAUCUUCAGGACACCUUGAGAACUUCCUCCGCAGUUUCAAAUUGAAGAACCCCUUAAAAUUCCCCAAGAAACUCAAGUACAACUUGAGUAAAGUAAGUGGUGAUCAUCCAAUCAAUAAUGUUGACUGACCUCUCUCUAUCUCUAAAUCCUCACAGCAGUGCUAGCCCAAAAUCUCAAAUCUCUAGUUAAAGGCCUUUAUUGGACAGUAGACAGUUACUCCAACAAAAGAUUGUUUUUUUUCUUAAAUUACAUUGAUGGUGUCCCAAUACUUUUGUCUAUAUAGUGUAUAUAAACCACACUACCACACUUUUUUUUUUCUUUUUUUUUAAAUCUAAUAGAGGUCAACCAUGGUAUGUGCAUGCAACAGGAUGGCGAUAGGCGCCCACAGGAACUCCGCCCUCUCGUUUUGUUUCUAUGUGUUUUUUAAUCACGCUGUCCGAACAGCCACUGGAGAUACAGCAGCAGAUGUCUUGCCUAGUGAAUAGAUCAGAACUCAAACCUGUAUAUAGCAACAAUACCACACCUGAGGGUUGUUGUGCACCUGCUUCAUGGACUACAUCCAAUAAAACACUGUGGCUGAACUGUACAAA